AUGAAGCCAGGUCUGCUGCUCCUCGUCGCACUGGCGGUAGCCGCGGGGCCAGCCCUUGCUCUCCGCUGUCACGUGUGCUCCAGCUCCACCAACUGCGAGAAAGCUCAGGACUGUGCGGCCAGCGCACGCUACUGCAGGACCAUAACCAAGCUGGAGCCCCUGCUGGGGAACCUGGUGGAGAAGGACUGCGUGGAGUCGUGCACGCCCACGCACAACCUUCAGGGCCAGGUCAGCAGUGGCGCGAUGGCCACCCGGUGCUGUCAGGGCGACCUGUGCAACAAGAGCCUGCAGAGCAGCGCCCCCGCCCGCAGCCGGCUCAGCGGCCCCGCCCCCGGCCUGGCGCUGGCCCUGGGCCUCCUCCUCGCCGCCCUCCUCUCAGCCCCCAGCCUGUGACCUGCCCAUCCCCUUCCCCCGGGGACUUCCAGGCCCCCCCGUCGCUUCCUCUCCCGGACUGGGAGAUUCCGCAGCCCC